AUUACAAUCCUAUCUAAUUUGAAAGUGUAUUUCUAUUCCUAUCCACGAUCGACUAAUUGUAUAUAAAUACUGAUAGCCUCUUGUACAAUUUCACUCCGCUCUUCAAGAUCUCAUCGAAAUUUUACUCUCGUCUCAGUAUAAUCUAUCGUCAUUAUGGUUAGCGCCGGACAUAUACGUACGGGUGUUGGUAUAAUCGGAAAUAUUAUUUCCGGCUGCCUCUUCCUCGUACCUAUUAAAACAUUUAUUGAAAUUGGGAAGAAGAAAGAUGUGGAGGGUUUCCAAUUUUACCCUUACGUCGCAACGGUGUUGAAUUGUAUGUUGUGGGUGUUUUAUGGCCUUCCGAUUGUGAAGCCUGACAGUCUCCUUGUGGUCACCAUCAAUGGUUUGGGUCUCGUCAUUGAAUUAGUUUACGUAGGAAUCUACUUCUAUUAUGACCGUCAAAACAAACGGAGGACAAGAAUAUCAUUUUUUCUUUUUGGAGAAGUAUGUUUCGUGGGUGUACUCGCGCUCUUCACCCUGCUUUACUUCCGAAAGCUGGAAAGUAGAGCUUCUUUUGUGGGAGUUUUCGCUGAUAUCUUCAACAUCAUGAUGUAUUCUUCACCAUUACUCGUCGUGAAAAAAGUUUAUAAAACGAAAAGUGUAGAAUAUAUGCCAUUUUGGCUCUCAUUCACUUGCUUCGCAAAUGGGCUCUGCUGGACAUGCUAUGCUCUUAUCAAAAGGCUUGAUGUUUUCCUCCUGAUUAGCAAUGGUCUAGGAGCAAUAGCCGGAGCGAUUCAACUGAUAGUGUAUGCUUACUAUGCGUGGAUCUACAGCGGUGAACGUUCACCCUCCGAUAAUAAACCGGCAGAGGUUCAACUCCCGGCAUCAAGAGUUUAAUUUAAUUAAAUAUUAAAUAUAUGUAUUUACCUACAUUCACCAUCUAGGGUUUCAAACUUUCAAUUUUUCCGGAUUAUGUUAAUUUUUUUUAGGGUAUGGUAAGUUUUUUUUGAGACUGAGAUAUAAUUGUCCAUCCAAGAUACAUUUUAAUAAUAAGCGUUUUUUUAAUUUUU